AUGAAAAUAUUGAUAGACUUUAACAAAGUAUCAAUAUUUUAUUUUUCAUUUCUAAGCUUAUUCAUCUUUCAUAUACUCGACUAUCACCAAAAUAUUACAACCAAAUCAUUAUCAUCAUUAUCAUCAUCAUCCUUCAAUCAGUCUAUACAAUCAUUUCCUACUUUUAAUCAAUAUACAAUUCAAUCUGAUGAAAAGUACAUCACCUUCUUUACGCACAGUGGCUUUCAAAAUCAACUCAUUCAAGUGGAAAACGGUUUAUUAUUAGCUUGGUAUCUUAAUCGGACUUUAAUCUUACCUAAAGCUGUCCUUGGCGAAUCAUUUGGCUGGAACAGAUUCAAUAAGCUACAACAACAUCACAUCCUACGCGAGACAAACCAAUGUAUCAAAAAGACGAAAUGUCCUAAACGAUUUGCACUUGUAUCCUUUGACCAAUUGGUCGAUUUGAGUUGGGCUAGACAACACGUCAGAAUUAUCGAUCGAGAACAAUCUGAUCUUGCUUGGCUUCAACGUCGAUUUGGCAUUGAAACAAAAGAUGGCAUUCAUUCUGAAGUGGGGGCUUUUGUGAAUGGUGACAUCCUUUUCUUUAAAGAUCAAUCACGAUAUGAUUGGCGAUUCUUUGACACAUCAGCCAAACAUAGGUUUAUGGGAAGAUAUAACGGUAGUUUGGAAAUAUCAGCAUUGAGAGAAAGAAAAGAGAAAUUGAUCCAUUUUACCAGUUUAUUCGGGACUGGCAAAUUCUCUAUUAAAGAUCCAAAUGCUCAACAAUUUUUUAAUCAGCUUAGACGGACAAUUACCUACAAACACCCAGCAGUUCUAAAGAUGGCAGAUAUUGUGAUUGAUAGACUAGGUGGUGCUGGUAACUUUGUGGGAGCCCAUUUGAGAACGGCCGAUGGAUUAUUUGUGGAAGCCAUACCAGAAAACAUAAACAAUAUCAUUCAAAAGAUAAACGUGAGCUCGUCAUUCAAUGAGCCACCGUCAUUAUCAACUUGUGUAUCACUUGCUAAGCAAAAUCAGACGACCCUCGUUUUCUUAGCAACGGACGCUGUCCGACCUAGAGAUAAUCCGAUAUUUCACGUUUUAUGGCACCAUGCACCCUGUACAUUUACGCUGAACGAUAUACUUGGCCCAAAGGAUCCAUUAUGGAUUUACAUGGACCAAUACAAGACAAGGCACUCGGGUGAAAACAUGCGAAAGUAUUUGAUUCCUCUCGUGGACGCAUGGGUCGCUGGCAGAGGUCGGUAUUUUAUUGGAUCAAAAGGAUCGACCUUUUCAGGAUAUAUUCGUCGACUGCAUCAAACGUUCUGGUCGUUGUAG